UGUCGUGUUCCGCCCUCACCUGGCGAGGUGCUGCUGUGCGGCGUCCUCGCCUCUAUAUGCGUGGAAGAACAAAACUUUCUUAAGACAUUUUAAACUAAUGAAAAGAGAUCGGGACUGCAGCUCGGUUGGGACGUUUCUCUUAACAUGGAGGCUACAGUAUGAAGUGAUUGGGGCAUCUGAAGAAAACCGAAUAGCAACAUGACAAUGAUCUACAUCGAGCAUUGGAGUCCAGAGGAGGUCGCUGGGUGGAUUCGCCACAUCGGUCUGUCGGAUUGUGCGGACAGCUUUCUAGAGAAAGGGGUCACGGGCUUGGAUCUGCUGGAGAUCACUGAAUCCAUGCUGGAGUGGUUUGGCGUGAGCGACGUGGACCAGCGCCUCUACCUUCUGGAGCGUCUGGAGGACCUGCUGAGUCUACAGGAGGACCAGAGCCCGGGAUCGGACGGCCCCCAAGCCCUCUCCUCGCCCCCCCACAACCAGCCCCUGCCCGGACACCCCGGCCAUGAGCAACCCCCUCCCCCACUGAGCACCCCCCCCGAAAAGAAAGACUUCACAGAGGGCGAGUCAGAGAGAGAAGAUUUUGUGGAGGAACUGCAGGAUAUGGCAGUGGAAAUGUUUCGGAAAAAAGCCUCUUCCUCGUUGAGAAUGAGAAGAAUGACAGAGAGCUCUAGAUGGAGCAUAGACCGUGGGCGGAGCCUAUCCUUCCAUGAGGGGCGUGGCCAGCGCGAGGCCGAGAUGAGGGCUGCCGCCGAGGAAGCGUCCAAUAGCAGCGCCGGAGGAGGAGGAGGAGGAGGAGGAGGCGGAGGAGGCAGCACCGUCCUACAGCGCCUCCUGCAGGAGCAGAUGAGCCGUAACUACCUGCUCAAGCAGCAGCACGACGGAGCCCGCGCGGGCCCCGGGCCCGGGUACCCCGCCCCGGGGGGGGGCCCCGUGGACGACCACUCGGCGACCACCCACAACGCCCGCCAAGAGCCCCAGGGCCAGGAGCUGCAGGCGGACAGCGGCAUGGAGAAGCUGUCGGCCCCCCGCGGCGGCGGCGGCGGCGGGAGCCUGGGGGGCCCCAACAGCAGCGGCGGCAGCGGCGGGCAGUGCCAGGGGCCCGAGGACCUGCCCACCUACGAGGAGGCCAAGGUGCAGUCGCAGUACUUCCGCGGCCACGGGCCCCCUCAGCCGCCACCCCCCCAGCAGCAGCAGCAGCAGCAGCCGCCCCCGCCCCACCCCGCCUCCGUGGGCGCCGCCUUCUACGUGACGGGCAUGACGGGCGCCAAGGUGCGCACGGAGGGCCGGCCCACCGUGCAGCGGGUGAGCGGCGCGGGCAAGGUGCACCAGGACGACGGGCUGAAGGAGCUGAAGCAGGGCCACGUGCGCUCCCUGAGCGAGCGGCUCAUGCAGCUGUCGCUGGCCACCAGCGGCGUGAAGGCCCACGCGCCCGUCACCAGCGCACCGCUCUCCCCGCAGCUGCCGCCGCCGCCGGGGCCCCCGGGGGACUACUACAAGCCCCAGGGGCACCGGGGCCCCCCGCCCGAGUACCCCUUCAAGGGCAUGGGGUCCCCGCCCAAGCAGCAGCAGGAGCCGCCGGGGGGCCACUUCUACCAGGAGCAGAGGGUCCGCGAGCACUCCCGCGAGGUGCCCCACGUCCGGUACCAGCCGCCGCCCGAGUACGGCUCGUUCAGGUCCAGUAAAGACGGCUCGGUGCACUCCCAGCGGACGCUGCACCACCACAGCCCCACCUCCUCCGUCACCUCGGUGGGCUCCCUGUCCCGCACGCAGUCCUCCACCCUCAGCAGCCUGCUCAGCUCCUCGCACGCCUCCUACUCCCCCCACCCCUCGCACGGGGCCCACCCCCAGAGCCAGGGCGAGCUGUACCCCGGCAUGGGCCCCCGCGGCCCCCCGGGGCCCCCCCCCCACCAGCAGCAGCAGCAGCAGCAGCAAGGGGAGCAGCACAUGUACGGCCCCCCCCCCCAGAGGGCCCAGGUCCUAUCGCAGGACCCCUACGGCUCCACGCACAGGAUGCACCCCCACCAGCAGCACCACCACUACCAGCAACAACAACAGCAACAGCAGCAGCAGCAGCAACAGCAGCAGCAGCAGCAGCAACAGCAGCAGCAGCAGCAGCAGCAGCAGCAGCAGCAGCAUCACCAACAGUUCCAGAGCGCCCCGCCCCCGCAGCCCCAGCCCCAGCCCCAGCUGCAGCAGCCGGUCCAGGCCGGACACUUCCCCCACCCGCACUCCCAGUACCACCUGCAGGGGGAGCAGUUCGCCAUGAUGAGCCGGGCGCACCAGAUGGUGGACAUGCUGACGGAGGAGAAUAAGAUGCUGAGGCAGGAGAUGGAGGCGUUCAGGGAGAAGGUCUCGAAGCUGCAGAAGCUGGAGAACGAGACCCAGCUGGUGUCGGAGGCCUACGAGAACCUGGUCAAGUCCUCCUCCAAGCGGGAGGCCCUGGAGAAGACCAUGAGGAACAAGCUGGAGCUGGAGGUCCGGAGGCUCCACGACUUCAACCGGGACCUCCGCGAGCGGAUGGAAACGGCUAACAAGCAGCUAGCUGCUAAAGAGUGUGAGGGCUCAGAGGACAACCGCAAGACCAUCUCCCAGCUGCACGCACAGAAUAAGGAGGUGGUUAGGGAGAAGGAGAAGCUGGAGAUGGAGAUGAACUCUCUGCGCUCCACUGCGGAGGACCAGCGGAGACACAUUGAGAUCCGAGACCAGGCCCUCAACAACGCCCAGGCCAAAGUAGUCAAGCUGGAGGAGGAGCUGAAGAAGAAGCAGGUGUACGUGGAGAAGGUGGAGCGCAUGCAGCAGGCUCUGGCCCAGCUGCAGGCCGCCUGCGAGAAGAGGGAGCAGCUGGAGCACCGGCUCCGCACGCGGCUGGAGAGGGAGCUGGACUCUCUCCGCAUGCAGCAGCGGCAGGGCGGGGCUCACGGCGCGGGCGCGGCCUCCUCGGAGUACAACGCCACGGCGCUGAUGGAGCACCUGCGGGAGAAGGAGGAGCGCAUCCUGGCCCUGGAGGCCGACAUGACCAAGUGGGAGCAGAAGUACCUGGAGGAGAGCGUCAUGAGGCAGUUCGCCCUGGAUACCGCCGCCUCCGUCGCCACGCAGAGGGAUACGUCGUCGUCGUCCAUAUGCCACUCCCCCAGCAGCAGCUACGACACGUCGGUGGAGGCGCGCAUCCAGAAGGAGGAGGAGGAGAUCCUGAUGGCCAACCGACGCUGCCUGGACAUGGAGAGCAGGAUCAAGAACCUGCACGCUCAGAUCAUCGAGAAGGACGCCAUGAUCAAGGUGCUCCACCAGCGCUCCAGGAAGGACCCCCACAAGGCGGACGGGCCCUCGGCCAUGAGGCCCUCCAAGAGCCUCAUGUCCAUCGCCAACACGGGCUCCGGGGGCGGCUCCGGGCUGCUGUCCCACUGCCUGGCCCUGAGCAGCUCCCCCAUCACCGAGGAGAGGAGGGACACCGGCUGGAAGGGCAGUCUGGGGCUCCUGCUGGGUCCAGAGUACCGGACAGACUCUCUGAGGACGGAGUCCAUCUCCUCGUCUCCCUCCCCGGUGUUCCCCUCCACGCCGGCCACGGCGGGACACUCCAAGACGGGCAGCCGGGACAGCUGCACCCAGACGGACAAGGGCCAGACCCCGGCCCAGGACAGCUACCGGAGCAGCACCACGGGCCUGAACAGCCUCUCCGCGGGCCUGCAGAGCAGCAGCGGCAGCAGCGGCGCCACCGGCCUGACCAGCAUCACCAGCCUGCACAGCAUCAACACGGGCCUUCAGAGCAGCAGCACGGGCCUGAACAGCCUCUCCACCGGCCUGCAGAGCCUGAGCCCCGGCCUGCAGAGCAUGACCCUGCCUGCCCGCCUGGGUCCCAGCCCGGUGUACAUACCGGACCGCCUAGCAGAUGCAGGGUUCCACAGCAGUACUCUGGAGAGGAGACCCCCGGUUCAGUCACACUCCCAGCCCUCGGCCCUGGCCCUGACCCAUCAGCAGGAAGUAGACAACGACAUGGUCGAGAUUCUAAUCUGACGCCGUCACUUUAAGAACUCUCCAGCGCCCCCUGACUGGCGGUGGAAGAACAAAAUCAGCGCAACGACUUCUAUAUGAGUUUGUGUGUGUGUGGGAAAACAGCACAGGCACACAGCCUCUGAUAAGUUGGUUGCGAGUACAAAAACAAAUACACGUACACACACACACACACACACACACACUUUGAAUUUCUGGUGAAGGAUUGCUCUAUUGGUUCUUAAUUUAACAUUUGGUGUUGAUCGCUCUCUGUAGAGGGUGUGACUAUGUUGAAAUGCACUAGUGUGUUUGACAAGAUGACAGUAUUGGUGGCAAUACAACGAGAGAGGGUGGUAUUAUUGUUACGUUGUGCACAGAACACACGGCAGCCGUGUGGAUCCACACCUUCUGGACUAUUAGCAUUUCACCAGUAGGCGGGACAUUCGGGAAAGGAGGACGUGAUUGGCCGGCGACAGCCAAUCAUAAGGCUUGAUUGUUGAGGCUCCUCCCGACAUUUCCGAUAGUUAUUUCAUCAAUCCUGAAUGGAGCUUUCUACAACAAGUCUGUGUUGUCGGCCUCGUCGCCAGGCAGAUCAAUCAAAGUCACUUUUACAGUGUUGCCAGAGGCCCCGCCCAUUGCCCAGCACCCCUGGGUCCAAAUGUAUUGGCCACCUUUUAAUGCAUUAAUUGCACUACUUUUUUUGUAUUUUAUUUUUCUAAAGAGGGUGUUCUUUUUUUCUUUUUUCUUUCUUUACAAAACAUCCGACGUAGGUAUUGUAUUUAUGUGUAGAAUAUUAUUUACAAUAGUUAGGCAUGGUAAUGGGGUAACGAUACUGUACUCGACAAAAUACCCAUACCCUUGUAAAUACUGUAUAUGCGUAUGUAUGCUGUAAAAAAAAUACCUAACCUUGUGGAGGAUUUGUGUGCGUGUGCGUGUGUGUGUGUGUGUGUGUGUGUGUGUGUGUGUGUGUGUGUGUGUGUGUGUGUGUGUGUGUGUGUGUGUGUGUGUGUGUGUGUGUGUGUGUGUGUGUGUGUGUGUGUGUGUGUGUGUUUGGGUGUGUGUGUGGGGGGGAGGGGUUUGAAGCAAAGCAAAGCAAGCCACUUUAUCACAUCACAUUGACCUGACACCAGACCAAUUAGCAAAAACCUCACUCGGACGCAGCCGUUUUGCUAGCAUUCACAGCUAGCCACGCAAGCCUGCUCAGAAGCUGGUAGGAAUACUGGUGGUGUUAGAAGCUCGCAACGUCACCAUGGCGACGUCGCAGCGCCCAAUCGGUAGCUGAUGCAUUCAGAUGGUCCCCAAAAGGAGAGCUGGAUGAACCACGCGCUGCCUCGCUGGCCUCUCAGCGGCCCGGCUGUGGCUAUCCGCUAACCAGCCGCGGCGCAUCUCUCACCCCCGACGCACGACGCUACCGUUUGGCCGCGGACGUCUGGGAAGGGAAGUUUGAAGAGUCGGCACUUUCACUGUGAUCCUGUUUUGACCCACGGGGCCAGUCCCCACUGGAUGGGGUUGGGGGGGGGGGGGGGGGGGCUAUAGUGGACCCCUGUCAGACUUGGGGCCCCUUUCUAACGAUCCUGGAUGGGACGACCCUGCCUGAGGGUUGUUUCAGUUGUAACCCGUCACAGCGCCUAACUGCUCUCAGACUCUUUGAUGUGUGUGUGUGUGUGUGUGUGUGUGUGUGUGUGUGUGUGUGUGUGUGUGUGUGUGUGUGUGUGUGUGUGUGUGUGUGUGUGUGUGUGUGUGUGUGUGUGUGUGUGUGUGUGUGUGUGUGUGUGCAGUAGGCUUGGUGUGUCAGGGAUGACCGGUGAGUGACUGACGGCACGACGGGCAGGACAGUACAGGGGAUCACCGAUGUGCCUUCGCAGUGUUGCCAUGGUUUCCGUUUGCUCUGCCGCAACCGUGUACGGCCUCACUUUUUCCAAGAUUCACAAGUCACACAAGUGUUCACGUUUUUUGAGCCCUGCUCGGAAUAGCAUAAGAUCAUGACAAUACAGAAGAUGUAUACUGUUGGUUAGUUACGUUUAUUUGUUGCGCACACACCCCAUGUGGUCUACACUUUAUGAUAAGAAAACAAGCACAAACGUUUGCAGAUUUUUAUUUUUUUUUCCUGCGAAUACCAUCGAUUUAAUCAAAUCCGCUUUCCGGACUGCUGGAGCCUAGCAAUGAGAAAAAAAAAGAUGUUGGAUGUUUGAAAUUGAGCCUAUAAAAAGAAUGACAGAUUUUGUUUAGUGUGUUUGGCCGAACUGAAGGAGGCUAGAGUUAUUUGACGUUUUUAUGAUUGAAUCGUGUUUUCUCCAAACGACAUUCUAUCUGCACUUAAAUUAUUAUAAUAUUGGUUUUGGAAGAACCAGCCCUGGCUACCAGUAAGGUGCGGACGAUUAGAAUCAAUCCUUCAAAAAGUCAAAACGAUUGGAAUUUCUCAGAAGUUCACGUUUUUGUUGUUUCGCCACUCCCAGAAUUCCAUGCAGUUAGACUAACGUGAACUUGAAGCUUAUGAACAGAAUGAACCAACUGGAAGACUUCCACUUAAAGCCAAAAUACUGGGACCAAAGAAGCUUUGGCUGGUUAGAUUGUGCAAAACUUGCCUUCUCAUAGUUUAAAGUCUGUCAAGAUCAAGAAUACAAUGCUUCGAAUUACAAUUAUGUACAUCAAGUAUUUGAUAUUUGUGUCUCAUUGUAUUAGAAACCUUGCCUUAGUGCCUGAUGCUAUCGUUGAAGCACAACAUGUAAUGUUUACGUCAGUAAGGGUUUUACUGUACGGGGGUGUCGGCUUGGAACUAAAUCCGUGUGAACCACAAGUUGUUGAAUGUGUAGACGCCAUUGGUUAGGAUUUGACGUGAAGAAGGGUGACCCUGUUACUGUUACAUUCCUGUCUUUCCUGGUGAGCUUUGAGGAGAACCAAGGCAAAUGACUUUAGUGAGGAGAAGGGGGUCAUGUGGGAACUGCAGGCUCUGCAGAGCUGGGUUUGGAGUGAUUCAAAGAAUAUUGAAUGUUCCCUGUAAGGGAAAAUAUAAAACACACUAUACAAUCUGAGGUGAAUGGUUUGUCAUAACAUAAUUAAUUUAUAUUCACAUAUGAAUGCUGGCACAUUUAGCUAUACUCACCAACUUGUUUUUGUUCAUUUAUUAGAAAUGUUGAAUUCUAACUAUUGGGCCUUCGUUAUUUCUCUAAGACAAUAUCUUUCAAUGUGUGCUGAUAUAUUCAUAUACAAGUUUGUUGUUUUUGUAGUGUCAAAGGUUACAGACUAAAUGUUUAUGCUCCUUCUGCCCCAUCAAGGGGCUUCUCUCCCUGUCGGUCAUGUGACUUUUGACCCUCACUCUAUUCAGAAAAUGAACUUGUCAAACGUGCACUUCAAAUUAGUUUAGUCGCCAAAUAUGCCUUGUUCAAACUGGUGACAAACUUGCAAGAUUUUGUAUCAAACAAAACAUUUCAGGUGUAGAAAACACAUUUCAAAAAUCACAUGCUUUUCAUGUCAAUCAGUCCAUGCCUGUCUGACUCUAACUCCUGUCAUGAAUUAGCCUGAUUAUGCCCCUUUUUGAUCAAGUAUUCGACCUAGAGAUAGUUGUCAUCAGCAAAAGAGAUGGAUUCAUUCACAGAUGGCUGGGAGUAAACCGUUCUAAACAGGAACGAUCAACGACAAUGUAAAGUAUGGUAGUGUUAUGUGUUAUUCCCAUCUCUGAACCGAACCUCUGUCCCGCAAAACCCGGGUCCGAACAUCUUACAGUCUUACCCUGUGCCUUCUCACACAGAAAUCCCCCAGCGAGGCCCAAGUCUCGCAUCAAGGGAACUCCUACAACUAGUGCCCUCAUGUUUCUCCGCACUAUGCAAUUUUUUACAAUGUUUUAAAUGCAAAGCACUGACUACAUCCGCCUGUGUUCCGUACGCUCCGUCCUAAUUUACGUUUGGUUUAGGAAAGAAAAGCGAUCAAGUCUUGGGUCAAUACAUGUUAAAUUGUUCUUCCUACAGAUUUAGGACAGGCGACCCAGCAUUCUGUGUGGUUUAAAGAAAAUGGCCGUGGUCGAGCAUAUGUAUUCGGCUGCAGCAGUACGUUCCGUUGGACGGCCGAAUCAUGUACCGUUACGAGCGCUUGCUGCAGAUAUCCUGGAGUCUGCACACACGUGCGGCUUGGUUUUUAUAUUGUACAAUCACAUUUGCCGUAAAUGUUUUUGUUUUUUUUAACAAUUCAAAAUUUUGUCCACCUUGUUAUUUUAUAUACAUAUAAUGUUCAUCUCAUCCAGUUUAAUGUACUAUGGACCUGGUUUAUUUAGUUGGUUUAUAAUGUAUUUCAGACAAGUUCCCAAAAUAAAAAAAAACUCCAAAUGUUUGUUUGAUAAAGAACGUGGAUGGUUAGUAUUGUUUUUUGUAAAAUAAAACCAUGAAACAUUA